UCGUCGAACAGGAAACAGUUGACAGCUAGGAACAUUCUAAUCUUAAAAUGAAAUGUACACAUUCGUUCGAGGUUCGAGGAGAAAUACUUUAACGUUAGCAAGAUCGGUCAUUUACGGGAUCCCAUUAGCAGUGACCAAACACAAAGACGAUGACACAGCCGGCAGACUCUAUUUUACAUAGCGGUUACUUUCACCCCAUUCUGCGACACUGGCAGUCCUGUGCUUCAGACCUUAGACCAGAUAACCUCAUAUAUCCUAUCUUCAUUACUGACAGUCCUGAUGCAGUGGAACCAAUUUCAAGUCUUCCUGGUCAAGCGAGAUAUGGUGUAAAUAAGAUAGAGGGUUUACUUCGUCCCCUUGUGGACAAAGGUCUGAAGUGUGUGCUGAUUUUUGGAGUUCCUGCAAAAGUUGCGAAGGAUGAAAGGGGCUCUGGGGCGGACACAGAUGACACUCCUGCAGUGCUGGCUGUGAAGAAACUGAGAAGCACAUUCCCUGACCUUUUGUUGGCCUGUGAUGUGUGUCUUUGCCCUUACACCUCUCAUGGCCACUGUGGAAUCAUGAGUGAAGGUGGCAGCUUGGAUAAUGCUGCAAGCUGUUUAAGGCUGGCUGAAGUAGCUCUGGCUUAUGCUCAAGCAGGAUGCCAUAUCAUUGCCCCUUCUGAUAUGAUGGAUGGACGAAUUGCAGCCAUUAAGCAAGCUCUAAUCGCCAAUGAUCUUGGCAACAAGGUGUCAGUGCUGAGCUACAGUGCUAAAUUUGCCUCAUGCUACUAUGGACCAUUCAGAGAUGCUGCACAAUCUAAGCCUGCUUUUGGAGACAGACGAUGCUAUCAGCUGCCACCUGGUGCCAAAGGACUAGCACUGCGGGCCUGUGACCGGGAUGUUAAAGAAGGUGCUGACAUGCUGAUGGUGAAACCUGGAUUACCAUACCUUGAUAUUGUGAGAGAGGUUAAGAAUAAGCACCCUACUCAUCCACUGGCAGUGUAUAAUGUAUCAGGUGAGUUUGCCAUGUUGUGGCAUGGAGCUGAAGCUGGAGCUUUUGACCUGCGCACUGCAGUUAUGGAGGCCAUGACUGCUUUCCGUCGUGCAGGAGCCGACAUCAUUAUCACCUACUACUGUCCACAAUUACUCACAUGGUUAACAGAGUAAAAUGUUGGUUCUCCAAUAUGAAUGAACUUGGAUAAUACCAAAUCUACUAUCUCACCCUGAGACUGAAAAUUAUGACUUGUAUUAAAUCUGAUAUGCAAAUAUUACUACACAGAUCAAUAGCUUUUUUCCCCCCACAUUUUCUAAUUAGAUUUAUGUGUCUAGAUAUAAAGAUAUUCAAUCAGCUUUGGUUUUUAUAAUUUUCUGUCAUUUUGGCAAGUGCAGAUGUUAAAUUGGUCAUUGUUUUCCAAAAUAUGAUUGAUUACAUCACAGAUUUGUUGUAAUUUUAAUUGAGCUUCUGUUACACUAGCAAUAGACUUCAGGUUUGUAAUUACAGAAUUUUUUUUCAAAUCAGUGUACUAAUAAUCACAUUAACAUAGGAAGUCCUGUUGGCAUUUCGAGGGCUUGGAACCAGAGGGGCGUAAGUGGCAUUUUGGGCGAAAAUGAGUUCUAUAUAUCAAAUUAAAGGUCUUGAUGAGCUCUAUCUAGUUGUGCCAAAAAGACGCAUCAGAAAUCAACCUGUAUUGAAUAAAGCAACAAAACAACAAAGACCUAACACAAAAGUUUGAGCAUUGUUUGGAGCCAGAGGGGCGUAUGUCCACUUACACCCUUCUAGCUCUAAACAAUACAAGAGCCUACAGUAUUUUUCAGAGCCAGAUGGACGUAAGUGGGUGGUGCCCCUAAACAGCACUAGAUAAAAUGGCUGACACACAUGCUGCACACAUGGAACUUUCUGAGGCAGAACAAAUUUUGAUGAAUAUAAUGAAGCAAACGGAUGAAUCUUGUUAAGAAGUGACAGAUGAAGAGAUGUUUUUGUAUGCUGCUCCUCACUUGAGUGUUGGAGGUAAAACGCAUGCAUUUAGGGGGAAGUUGUGGCCUAAUGGUUAGAGAGUCAGACUCGCGAUUGAAAGGUUGUGAGUUCGAGUCCCGGGCCGGCAGGAAUUGUAGGUGGGGGGAGUGCAUGAACAGCUCUCUCUCCACCUUCAAUACCACGACUUAGGUGCCCUUGAGCAAGGCAUCAAACCCCCAACUGCUCCCCGGGCGCCGCAGCAUAAAUAGCUGCCCACUGCUCCGGGUGUGUGUGUGCGCCUAAUAUUCUGGCAUAGACUAUUAGGUAACAAUUUAUACUUGAUUUACAAGCAUAUCUAUAAUGUGUUUAAUAAAUGUAUUUUCAUACUUUAUUAAUGAUCAAUUUAUCAUUUCGAAAUGAAGUAUAGCAUUAUUUACACACCAAUUAUUUAGUUGUCAGAUAAGAUCACUUAGAAAUUGUAUUAUUAUUUACUGAAAUUACAUAUAGUAAUAGUUGCUUGGUGUGUUAAUAAUGAUUUAUUAUGUAUUUCUACUGUAAGGUUUAAUUCAGGUAGUUAUAAAGCAUUUAGUAGUGGUCAACUAUUUUUGUGAGCUCAUCUAAAGUGAGGACUAGUUAUGCCUUGUCAUUAAUCACUAUUAAUGAUUAAUAGUGUGCAGUUAUUAUAAAGUGUUACCGAAUAUUCUUUUAAACAUUCACAGUCAACUUAACUCUAAGCCUGAACUAAUAGAUUCAGGAAAUUCAUGUAGGAUAUUAAUACAUACUUUGAAAUCAUAAAGGGACAGAGCCGAAUGAGGUGAGGGAGAGAGAUCGGCUUAAGGGAAACAUGGAGACAGCACAUGAUGGAGAAAGUGAGUUCUGACUUAACCUAAUUUAACCCUUAAUCAUUCAGUUCAUGUAGGAUAAUGGUAUGUUAUCUGUUAUCAAGAAUCUGUUGCAGGCCCAGGCUAUAUAUAUAUAUAUAUAUAUGUAUAUAUAUAUAUAUAUAUAUA